CUUGCGGACUACAGGCCACGGAGUUGUCUUUUUUUUCAGAUUUACUAAGAUAUAAUAAAUCUAAAUCUGCGAAAAUUUACAUUUCUAAUAAAAUUAUGCUUACACGUCUAAUGUGUUUAUCGACUUCUUGACUAUUUAAGAUCAGCAGUACGGCUACAGAAUCAUAUUGCAUGCAUAUGAUGAUCACGGAGUAGGGAAUUCUGUGUUCUUGCGUGACAAAUCGAGGCACUGAACAUUGCGCUAGCAGCAAGCAAUAUAACAGCGAGCUGCUAACAGCAAGAGACGUGACACUAACAAUAUGUAGUGAAGAGGAAUAGCACACACUUUCCCGUAUACCCUUCCCUCCAUGAAUUAACGUGUGGGCUGUUACGAGGUGUGACGUCCGCUCCCUGAAGUUAGCAUCUAUGUAGUUUCAGUGAGCUCCUCGUAACAACCGCUCUCAACAAAAUUGCAAUUUUGUGUUUGGGGUCCUGUGUGAAGGGAUCAUAUUAUUGGAACUAGGCUGAUCAUACUGCAGUGCGUAGACUCGUUACUGGAUAACGACCUCGAAACAAACAACGAAACAUCCGCUGCUAGGCAACACACUCUUAAUAAGCAAGUACAUCCAGCCGUUGCUGACUAACACCUUCGAAAACAAACAUGUACCCACGGAAAUGACUAGUGUAUAAUAAACGGUGUUUUCCGCGCGGUCCGUGCGAAGGGGUUAUCAGUGGGACAAGUUUAGAAGUUAAUUCAUUUGUAACAGAGUCUGUGAAGAGAAGACUUAGUCGGUUCAGUUGGCAACGAAGUGAGCGUGGAAGCUGAAGAAUCUCCGCUGUUAGUAGCCGUUACCAGGGAACGACUGCUGCAGAGCAUCGCAUGGGCCGUUCUCGCCUUCCUUGGGCUGUCUCUCUACACGUGCGGACUGGAGGUCACGUACGAACAGUCAAACCCCGCGUACUUUCUGUACUUCAUCUACUUCUUCAAGAGUGCGCUACUGUCCCUGAUGACUUAGACUUCGUAAAAAAAAUUCAGAAUGCCGUAACGACGCCAUUUCCGAUCACAUCGACGAUUUUUCCAAUCACAACACCAUUCAAGCUACCAGAAUGGCCAGAAAAGUUCGGGCCCGUGGACUACACCCACGACCUAAUGUUGGGCUAUGCUGUCCUGAGUGUCCUGUGGGCUGUCACUUCCAUCAUAAUAGUAGGGGCCAGUGCUCUUCACGUUCGCAGCUGGGUGGCCUACGUCCCGUGGAUCAUCGUCACUAUUGGCAACAUCGUCAUGGAUGUGGUCGCCACGAUCAGUUUUGCCGGUCACGUCAGCGAAUCGCAGACUGCGCAAGGGUUGCUGAACCUAAUAGGGUUGCAGAACAUUCCUGAAGAUGUGGAAAAUCCUUUGGAAAGUGUAAGCGGUCUCACCAUGAUACCGUCCCUGAUAAUGGCGCUUCUGUCCAGCCGCGUGGUGGUCUUCUGGCUCCUGAACGUCCUGUUAGUUAUCUGUGUAAGCGUGGCAACUCGCCGGCUCUACAAGGACAGAAGCAAACGAAAGGCUGAAAAACUGCCAAUAUACCCAAACCACACAAGGAACACGGCCGCUACUGAAAAUAACGACAUUCAUACUGGAUCUGGAAGCAACAAUGCAGCUAACAAUGAACCUUACGCCAACAAAAUGAACCUACAGCCGGACUACGAAUAUGUGACAGGUUCCAUCAACAACAACAGACCGUUCUCAUAUACCCCAGACGACCCCACUAUGAUGUCCCUCCGUCCUGCGUCAUCCCUGAAGAAUGGACUGAUUUCCAACACGGCUAUUCCUAGAGUCAACCUGCACUCCCCCGCUGCAGAACCAGAUUACAUGGAAUGUUUGGAACCAAGCAUAUGGCCCCAGAACCCAUCUGGCGCAGCUGACAAUACUGACAGGCCGCCAUUGGCCGUACUAUCCAAAAAACUGCCAGAGCUACCUAGUGAGCAGAAAACGAAUUACGAUAAUGGUGUGAAGAAGAGGGCGCCAGACAUCAAUCGGACGGAUUCGGACCGCCUACCAUACAGACUGCAACCCUCGGUGAUGGACACAAAUCGACGUCCCCAAAGUUAUGAAGAAGUGAAGCCACUGAGUAGGAUGUCUCCACAAACAUCCCAUGAUCGACUCAAGGACCCUAACUGGAAAGAUGGCUCCCGUCUCUCAGGCUCCAUGCCGCCAGACGAGCUGCGAAGUCAGCUCCCAUGGUCUUACUUCGGUCCCAGGAACGUGCCGAUGAAGCCAAAGCAGAAACAAACGCCGGUGGUGGAAGAAGAACUGGAGAAACCCCCUGUACCAGUUCCUGAUUAUACACUGCACUUCGGCAAGACAAAUCGCCCGAGCACGUCCACCUGGUCCGAGGACGGAGUGUCGGCGAACCACCGCGGCGCGCCGGCACCCAACAUGGACAGGAAUAGCAACUAUUUGGAAAGAAGCCGCUACUAGGAGCAAUUCGUGACGGAGGAAGCCAUACUGGACUGCAAGUCAUCAGAAUACCGACUGCAGCAAACCAUACAUUAUAAAAAAAAUUAUUUUGUUAUUAUUAUCAUCAUCAUCAUCAUCAUCAUCAUAACCUAAGAGGAUAAAAGCCUCCAACAAUUAUCUGAACUUAGUUUAAACUUGUUUGGACAACAAAGUAACAUUCAAGCCAUGGGCAACGCCCUGAGUGUUCUGUUUACAGCCCCAGGGAGCCCAUGUAUGCCCAUGGCAAAGAGUUCUGAACCACCUAAGUGAGAUUUGCAGAUACUCGACAGGUUAUUUGGGUGCCCUAAAGAACCGCCAAUCCACCGCAGUCAGUGAGGAAGUGAGACGACGCAUGGUGAGAAAGCAAAUGCAGAAGUUCGACCAGGAUCACGGCACUUCAUAUAGCCAUGUGAGAGGCGAAAUUUAUAUAAGUUCGAAGCACGAAUUUCUUAUAUGGAUUUAAAAUUUCAGUUCUUACCUCACGGUAAACUUGCAGCGCCUCCCUUAUAAACACCAACCAGUCAGUGCUGGUUAGGGAAAUAAUCACUGUUUUUUUUUUACGAAACACAUUACUACAAGGUGUGCUCAGAAUUAAGUUUUCUAAUGUUAAAGCAGGUGGUAUAUAUAGUCACCAAUGUAUUUUAGAAGGCUAAUAAAAUUAGCAAAUGUGAGAAUUGAUGUUCCUAGAACUGUGACUAUCACUUAAAAUUAGGACAAAUUUUCAAAAUAUGUAAUAAGAUUUGCAGUUAUUCACGGCCAGAUUAAAAUUCUGUUGUACGA